CCCUACACUUUUCAUCCAUGCAAAAUUGCCAAUAUAAUCUAAUCAAGUCUAAUAAACUUUUCAUCAUUCAUUCAUAGUCACAUUAAAUUAGUUGUGUUGUUGUUGAAUAUUCUGGAUCCCGGUCUCAAACAUCUAAAAGAGACUAUAAUUAAAUCUUUCAAUGGCAACUAGAAGAUAUGCAUUUGGAAGGAUGGAUGAGGCAAAUCAUCCAGAUUCCAUAAGAGCAACCGUAGCUGAAUUUUUCUCAACUUGCAUCUUUGUAUUUGCUGGAGAAGGCUCAGCCCUUGCUCUAAGGAAGAUAUACAAGGAUGCAGGUGCAUCAUCUGGUGAGCUAUUGGUACUUGCAAUAGCUCAUGCAUUUUCACUAUUUGCAGCUAUAUCAUCUAGCAUGCAUGUAUCUGGUGGACAUAUAAACCCUGCUGUUACUUUUGGUGCUCUUCUUGGUGGUAGAAUCUCUGUCCUUAGAGCUCUCUACUAUUGGGUUGCUCAACUUCUUGGUUCUUUCGUGGCUGCCCUCUUAUUGAGGCUUGUCACUAAUAACAUGAGACCACAGGCGUUCAACGUGGCAUUUGGUGUUGGUGCUGGGAACGCUCUUGUACUUGAGAUUGCCAUGACAUUUGGUUUAAUGUAUGUUGUCUAUGCAACUGCCAUUGAUCCCAAAAGAGGAACCAUUGGCACAAUUGCACCCUUAGCAAUUGCACUUGUUGUUGGAGCAAACAUCCUAGCUGGUGGACCAUUUGAUGGAGCAUGCAUGAACCCUGCUAGGGCUUUUGGACCUGCUUUAGUGGGUUGGAGAUGGCACUAUCAUUGGAUCUUCUGGGUGGGUCCAUUUCUUGGAGCUGCAAUAGCAGCACUUUUAUAUGAAUAUAUUAUGGUUCCAGUUGAGCCUCCUCAUACUAAUCCGAUUCAUCAACCUUUGGCUCCUGAAGAUUAUUAGUUACUUUUAUUAAUGUUUGUGUUAUGUAAUUUUGUAUGAUGUUGUGGAGUAUCUGUAUACCCAAAUCUUCGUUUAGUGUGUAGAGGUUGUUCUCUUCGGUACUUUUUAAUAAAGUGAGUCCUGUUUACUCCAUUAAAGUUAAAUGUAAAUGUUAAGCAUUAUAUGUGUAGGAUUGUUGCUAUUAGUUUUGUUUUGUUCCAGCACACAACGUUUAGAUGUAUUGUCUGUUUUGAAUAUAAGUUAUUUGUGGUUUAUAAAGGUA